AUGAUCCUCCCCACUGGUGCCAGCUCCUUCAAGAAUGCAAUGGAGAUUGGGGCAGAAGUCUACCACACCCUUAAGAGUGUGAUCAAGAAGAAGUACGGCCAGGAUGCAUGCAAUGUGGGUGACGAGGGCGGCUUCGCGCCCAACGUGCAAGACAACAAUGAAGCCCUGAAUGUCCUCAUGGAGGCAAUCGAGAAGUCCGGCCAUGCUGGGAAAGUGAAGAUCGGAACGGACGUUGCUGCUUCCGAGUUUUGGAGGUCAGAGGAGAAGAAGUACGACCUGGACUUCAAAAACGAAUCUGGCGGUGCACCGGAGAUGAAGAAGACUGCUGAGGAGAUGAUCGAGUACUACAAGGCAUGGUUUUCGUCCUAUCCCUUCGUGUCGAUCGAGGACCCCUUCGAUCAAGACGAUUGGGAAGCCUACGCAAA